ACUCUCUCUCUCUCUCUCUCUCUCUGUCAAUCUCUCUUAACCUGAAACCAGAAUAUGCAACUUUGAUAUGAUGGAGGACAAGAAAGCCAACAUAAUAGCUGCUUCAUCAGUGAUCAUCCUCAUCAUCUUCAUCAUCGUUGCUCGCGUGUCUCUCAAGCUUUCUAGUACUUUCUAUCUCAUUUGUGGUGCAGGAGUUGCUGUGAUCAUUGCUGUGUUUGUAUGGCUCCUAAUCCGACAUCACUACAAUUACAGGCGAAAACAGAUGGAAUCUCAGUACAAAACCGAAGGCCGUGAGCUGAGGAUAGAGUACAGCUUUCUAAGAAAAGUAGCUGGAGUUCCUACAAAGUUUAGGUACAAUGAGCUAGAGGAAGCUACAGACAACUUCAGGGCAUUGCUUGGCCAAGGGGCUUCUGCUAAAGUGUUCAAAGGGAUUCUCAGUGAUGGCACUCCUGUUGCAGUGAAAAGGCUUGAUGUGGAGGAGCGCGGCGAUAGGGAAUUCAAGUCAGAAGUGUCUGCAAUAGCUAGUCUACAACAUGUGAAUCUUGUGAGGCUUGUUGGAUAUUGCUGUGUUAAUCCUGCAGGACCUCGGUUCCUUGUGUAUGACUUCAUCUCAAAUGGGUCAUUGGAUGGUUGGAUUUUUAAUAAAAAGGUAAGGCCUAAUUACCGAGGAGGGUGCUUGUCUUGGGAUUUAAGGUGCAGAGUUGCUAUUGAUGUUGCCAAGGCACUUUCUUAUCUGCAUCAUGAUUGCAGGAAAAGGGUUUUGCACCUUGAUGUUAAGCCGGAAAAUAUUCUCUUGGAUGAGAAUUUCCGAGCAAUUGUGGCGGAUUUUGGUUUAUCAAAACUAAUGGGAAGAGAUGAGAGUAAUGUCAUGACAACAAUAAGGGGCACUAGAGGGUACUUAGCUCCUGAAUGGCUUUUGGAGCAUGGAAUUUCAGAGAAAUCGGAUACUUAUAGCUAUGGAAUGGUGCUUCUUGAGAUGAUUGGAGGCAGAAGAAAUGUGAGCUUUAUCGAAAAGGGUACUCAUAACAGGUCUCGUAAGAAAUGGCAAUACUUCCCCAAAACUGUGAAUGAGAAAAUGAGAGAAGGUAAGCUCAUGGAGAUUGUUGAUCAGAGACUAUUAGAUGGUGGAGGCAUUGAUGAAAGGGAAUUGAAAAGGCUUGUUCAUGUAGCCAUUUGGUGCAUACAAGAGCGGGCUAGUCUUAGGCCUUCAAUGUCUCAUGUGGUUGAAAUGCUUGAAACGGGUUUAGAUGUGGAGCAGCCUCCAGAUACCCAAAUGACCAUUGUAGAUUUCUUGACACUUGAUGAAGAAGAAUCACAGUCACAAAUCAAUGGUCAUCACAGGCCAGACAUUGUUGCCGCCUUGGCAGCUCAGCAAGUAGAUAGCAAUAAUGAAAACUUAUCCUCAGCACACUCAUAUGCAACUGCAAUGUCUGAUAUAACACCAAGAUAGUUCAACUCCAUUAUGGCCUUCUUGCUCAAAGAUCUGUUCUUUUAGGCACAUACCAAUUUUUUUCCUCCUUUGGUAAAUUUCUGCAGCUUGUAACAUAUAUCAGAUUUUUUCCUGUAUGCCCAGAAAUUGAUGUUCUAUCUCUGAAUUAAAUGUAUGAUCAUAGAAUAUGAUUAGUCUUAGGCUUUGCUUCU